UACACCAACCCUCAGCUGCUGGAGCAGAUGAAGAUAAACCAGAUGAACUCAGACGGGAACUUGGGACCCCCACAGGGACCAGGCUCCAUGCCUCCGUUCCCGGGCCCCGGUGGUCCUGGUCCUCCUGGUCCACAGGGAUUUCCUAACAUGGCUUCUCAGCAGAUGUCCAACAACAUGGGGCCCCCUAUGGGUCCUGGGGGGAUGCAGCCAUCUUUCAUGCACCCUGGACAGAUGGGGCCCCCCUCUGGACCCCCACUUCAUCAGGGCCCCCCUCAGGGCAUGAUGGGAUCAUCAGACAUGCAAGAACCACAGAGACAUCCUGGCCCCCCACGAAACCUGGGCCCUCAGGGGCCUCAUGGUAUGGGACCCAGAGGGAUGCAGGGACCCAGAGGGAUGCAAGGCCCCCCUAGUGGGAUGAUGGGCCCCCCUCCCCGAGGAAUGGGCCCAAGGGACCCUCAAGGACCCCCACCUCAAGGAGGAAUGGUGCCUCCUCAAGGAAACAUGAUGGGGCCCCAGGGCCCGAUGCAGGGUGGGAUGAUGGGGCCCCCACCAAGGACACACAACAACAUGCCCAACAACUAUGGGCCAGGCAACAUGCAGGGGCCCCCUGGAGGAAUGCACGGGCCCCCUGGGAACAUGCAGGGACCCCCUGGGAACAUGCAGGGGCCACCGUACAUGCAGCACCAGGGUCAGAACUCGGGGCCGAUGAUGCAUGGGAUGGGUCCACAGGGACCCAACAGCAAAGACCUUCGGGGACCACCGUCCAACCACCACAUGGGUCCUCCUGAUCGCCAAGGUCCUGCAGGGUCUGACCAGGGUUCCAGCUCCUACUGGGGAGACAACCAGCAAGGCCGGCGGGGCCCGCAAGACUUCGAUGGAGGACAAGACUUCCAUAACCGAGGAGAAGAUGGCUGGAGACCAGGACCAGGACCAGGACCCGGUCCUGGAUUCCAAGGGGGAGGCCACAGAGGAGGCCACAGAGGGGGCGGAGGAAACUGGGGUCCUGACGAGCGAUACAAUGCAGGAGACUUCAGAGGACGGAGGGAGGACAGGUUUCGAGGGGGCGGACCUCCUCGACCUGGAGGGCGGAGCUACCCUGACGAGUACGGAGGCCAGGAGGAAGGCUUUGAUGGUGCAGAGGAAAUGGGCCAUGGCUGGGACACUGGGGGCCGCGGGAGGCCGCAAAGAGGAGGAGGACUACCAAGAGGAGGUCAUGACAGUUACCGGGACGACGGCUCGUCUCCAGGUGGACGUGAGCGUCCCUCGUCUCUGCAGGGUAUGGACAUGGCGUCUCUGCCACCCAGGAAGCGUCCGUGGCAGGAUGGACCAGGAACAGGAGGAGACCCCAGAGAGCGAGAGUCCCCUGGAGCUGACGGAGGUCGUCUACCUCAGAGGGAGGAUGGAGGUUACCCUCCUCCUGGGCGAGGUGGGCGGGGCGGCUGGGGUCCUGGAGGAGGUCCGGGGCCUGGUCCGUGGCGAGGAGGACCACCCAGAGGAGCGCCCAGAGGUGGUGGGCGUGGCCGGUAGCCCUGAAACAAGAGUUCAAACCUCCAGUGAUCCUCAUCUCCUGUGACCCCUGCAGACCUCACACCACCUCCCAGAAACCUGCAGACUGACUGUGGGUCAUGUGACCCGUGUGUGGUGAGAGGCCUGCUGCACACCUGAGCACACAGGUGGAAGAGGCGUGUGUAAAAUAAUGUAGAGACUCGUGGUGGCUGUUUGUUUUACUGCAGCUCAGCUGCUGCUUUUUGUAACAGAUUUCUAUGUGUUUGUGUUUUCACCAAGGGAACAAUAAAGAUUCACGCUUCAAA